GGUUUUCAAUGUUCAAUUAAUCAGUCAAUCAAGUAUUCUCUUUUGCAUGCAGUAAAUCAACAAUUUAUAUCUUAUAAAAAUACAGCCAUGAAUUACCCCCAACAAAGAAACAAGCCUUUCACACCUCCAGCACAUCACCAGGCAAUGGGGGAACAAUUUAUAUAUUUCCUCACUCUUUUCUGAGAAGUAGAUGAAAAAAGAAAAGAAAAUCGAUCUAGUACCCAGACUUUUGGGGUUUGGGUAAACAACUUGUACAACCAGGGAGUUUUUUCAAAUAAAAAAGGCCUGGAAACGAAAUGAAAGUCCAAAAUAACUUUGGAAAAUUCCCUUAUGUACUAGACGAGAAUAUAGCAUGGCGAUUAAUAAAUGAGACACUCUUUUGAAGUUUUUUUUUAUCGUUAACAAGACAUUUGUUAUUUGUUGCAGCUGUUACUCGAGAGAAUUUCGUUUCAUAGCAUACACCUGCGUUCAUUGAAGUGUUUUCAUAAAAAGCAGCUUUUCACAAAAUAUCUUUAUGUCUCGAUAAAAAAAAAUAUGCUUACGGGGCUGUUUAUGUUCGUUGGGUCACAAAACUUUUUUUAAACUAGUUAAGAAGACACAAAAUGGUAGAAGUUCAAGAAACAGGAUUUGAAAUCGAGUGUCAACACAAUAUGGCAGAGCAAGACUCGUGUAAAGAUUGUCUUGAAACGCCUGUAACUGAAGUAUCCAUCAAACCAUCUCAAACGUCGCUAAAAGAAGCUGAUGUUAACGAUAGAAAUGCACGACACUGCUGUUGCCAGUGUCACGACGAUGACGAAAAUAACACGUUAUCAAAUACCGAUAGCAUAACAAAUUUACAAAUAAAUUGUGACGAGAAUUCAAAUCAAACGUCGGCGUCAAGUCCAAAUAAGUCGACCACAAAUGACAGAGUAUGUCGGAUUUGUCUUGACAACGUCGAUCAGGGUCAGCUCAUCGCGCCGUGUAAGUGUUCUGGCUCAACUAAAUAUGCGCACGAGCAGUGUUUGCUGCAAUGGUUUUUCAAGUCGAGUAAGAAAUCAUGUGAAGUGUGUUUAGGGCAAGUCAACGUCACACCGAUUGGUUAUAAGCCAGUACAACAGUGGCGACUUCCAGACAGAGGUUGCGAUUUCAUUGUAUACUUAUUCGGCUUGUACUUCUUAAUCAUGGUUAUAUUCACUGGAAUGAUCACGUGGAUAGCCACGCAAGGUUGUACAUCUCCGGUAUGUGUGACCCUGUAUGCUGUAUGCGGCAUUGCGCUUUUGUACUUUUUCUAUUGUUGUGGAUGUGUAGAAUACUCAAGGCGUUAUUGGAGGGCGUUAUUAUCAGUUAAUCGUGUGUGGCGAAUCUAUGGGCGGGAGGACAGUCUUAAAAACUUUAAAUUUACCCUAACGCCAAAGCCAAAAAAGCGAGACAUGAUAGUAACAGUUCAGACAGAAGAAGCGUUACAAGGUAGUCGAGAAAAUUCAUCCCGAGGUAAUCGAGAUAAUCCAUCGUCUCGAUCUGUGAUUGAUACACCUCAUAGCAACAAUCGUGAGACUGGCAGUAAUAUUAACAACAAUACGCAAGAAAUUUAUGUGAUUGGGUUAGAUAACCAUGCUGUUGACAUGGAUGAGAGCUGGUAGAUGACAGUUUUCGCCAUACAAAUUUCGAAUUAGUAUAGUUUUGCAUAGUUUUGAGAGCAUGUCAGGAAAAAGUAACUAGCUUCUUAAAAUAGUUUAUAAUAUUGUCAAAGCAAUUGUAAAAAACAAAGAGCCUUGGCGAUGAAAUUUGUAGUCUCGAUAUUUAUUUCUUACUUCAACCUCGUUAUUUUUUUCUCACUCACUUCUUUUCUCACUUUAAAAAUUCUUUAGUGAUCACCUAUAGUCUAAGAGUCCUUCAAUGACUUGUACAUACGCAAAAAAUUUGUCAACAAAUUUCAGAUUUGCAAAACGUUAAUCAGAAUUAAACUUAGCUAGUCUUUUGCAAGCUGUGUUUUACUACCUGUCAAAAUUCGGGAAAACUAGGUACAACGGCAAAUAAUUAAUCAUCAACUCAUAAACGAAGGCGGCCUUGAUGUUUGGACACACACAUGCCAACAGCCUUCUCCCCAGGGUAACGUGGCCCCUGAGCCGUUAUUACGGAAGUAGCUAAAAAUAGCUUUUUGCCGCCGUCAAAUUUAUUAAAGAGGCAAAAUGCCCUGGGUAUUAGGUUGAUAUGCCUAAAAAAUUUAUAUUUGUAACAUAUUUACAUUUAUGUAGUUAUUUAUUUAUUUUUUAUUAUUUCUACGUUUUAAUAAAAAAAAAAUUUUUAUGCGUAAAAA